CUCUGCUCACUCUAUGAAUAGCAUCGAUCCGGGAAUAAGUCCGCCCAGGAAGGCUUCUGCAGCAUUACAUAAGACUCAGGCUAAAUGUGUAUGACGCGCAACGGGGGAAUUCAUCAAAUUCUUACAUAAGGAUAUAAAUCGUUGACAAACAUUUCGCCAAAUAGGACGCUUUCGACGGACGAACUCCACGACUCGCUUUAGUAAGAACCUCUCAACAAAGGAGACGAUUUUCUGUCAAAGACAUUUGAGAAAAAAAUGAGUUGGACCAUAUUUGCCGUGAUCACGAUCGUUGCCCUUUCGCACGAAGCAACCAGUAAUCCACUGAGAAGAAAAAGGGUGUGGGAGGGUGACUGCCCUCCAGGAGUCUGGGGAUGUAAGCGCUCGGAAACAGAGAACAAGAGAACCGAAGACGAUUGUCCUCCAGGAGUUUGGGGAUGCAAGAAGAACGUCAUCGAGGAACUGGAUGAAGACUGUCCCCCCGGUGUGUGGGGCUGUAAGCGGAACUUCGAAAUGAAGAGAAGCAACGACGAAGACUGCCCACCUGGAGUCUGGGGCUGCAAACGAGGUCUAUUUGCCUCUGUCAAAAAUUGGUUUAAGUCAAAAGGAAGAUCUACGCGGUCAGUAAAAAGCAAUAAUGAUGAAGAUUGUCCCCCCGGAGUGUGGGGAUGCAAAAGAGAAAUAAAAAAGGAAGAGUUAGGCGAAGAAGGAUGCCCACCAGGGGUCUGGGGUUGUAAGAAAGACUCGGUCGAAAAUGAUUGUCCUCCUGGGGUCUGGGGCUGUAAGAAAGAUCAGAUCGAAGAAGAUUGUCCACCAGGGGUCUGGGGCUGUAAGAAAGAUCAGAUUGAAGAAGAUUGUCCACCAGGGGUCUGGGGCUGCAAACGAAACGAGGUCCCUGAGAAAAAGGAAAAGGAAGAUGAUGAGAAAAAAGAUGAAUUAGCUGCUAAAGCCGAGUGCCCACCAGGGGUCUGGGGUUGCAAGAGAGAUAAUUAAUGAUUUGAAAAGUUACCAGAUUAACUGAGUGACUUUUGUCAAGAUAAGUCAACAUUGGACGACCUUAUGACUGUGUCUAGUAUCAUGCCGACUGUAUAAAUUACACUUUACUACAUAUUGAUUUUGAUUAUUGCAAUUCUAAGUAAGCUAUGAACAGAGUGUAUUUUUAAGUUAAGAAAUAAUGUUCAAGUAACAGAAGUUAGAGACCAAUGGACUGUCAACAAAUAAAAGUUUGAAACCCAGGUGAA